CUGCGCGGUGGCAGCUGUUUUGCCGGGUCCCGGGAAUGAUGGAGCCGAAAGGCAGCGAUGGCGGCCGUGGCCGUGAAUCAGAGGCCGGUCUGGCCUUGCGCUAUCAGAGCUAUCGGCGCCGGUGGUUGGUGUUGUUCGCCAGCAGUGCUUUGAGCUGCUCCAAUGCCAUGUGUUGGUUGACAUUCGCUCCAAUUGCGGACCAGACAGCUCGGUAUUUCCAUAUUUCCAUGGAUCAAGUCAAUUGGCUAUCGAUGAUCUACCUCAUUGUUGGUGUUCCCUUUGGUUUUUGGACAACGUGGAUACUAGACAUGCUUGGACUUAAAACGUCGCUGAUUCUGAGCUCAUGGCUGAACUUGGCUGGUUGUGCCAUGCAACUCUUAAGUGUUGCUGACUUCAUACCUCAACAAAGCUGGAAAUUUCCUCUCCUGAUGGUGGGCCAGACUCUUGGUGCUUUGGCACAACCUUUGGUUCUGUUUUCUCCAACAAAAUUGGCUGCUAUUUGGUUUCCUGAACAACAGAGAGCAACAGCAAACAUGAUUUCAUCAAUGGCCAAUCCAUUGGGUAUUCUCUUCGCCAAUAUCCUUUCUCCAAUGUUGGUGAAGAAGCCAUCUUCAAUGCCAGUAUUGAUGAUAGUGUACGCCGUGCCCGCAGCAAUUGCUUGUCUUCUGACGAGUAUUGGAAUUCGUAAUAAGGUACCGCCAACACCUCCGUCUGCUGGUGCAGCCAACUCUACCUCAGAACCUUUUUUUAGAGGAGUGAAGAUGUUGUUGAAGAACAAGGCGUACCUGAUCCUGAUGGUCUGUUUUGGGGGAGGAAUUGGUGUUUUUACUUCUUUCUCUGCACUCCUACAACAGAUUCUGUGUGUUAGGGGAUAUUCAAAUACUUUUGCUGGACUCUGUGGGGCCUUGUUUAUUGUAUUUGGAAUCUGUGGUGCAUUUGUGCUCGGGAUGUAUGUGGAUAGAACAAAGAAGUUUAUGGAAACCACCAAAAUUAAUUUUUGUUUGACUGCUUUUGCCACUAUUGCUUUUGCACUGGUUUCACGUAUGAGAGAUCAACCUUAUGGACUCGCUGUAGUAUGCUCACUUUUUGGGCUGCUUGGAUUUUCCAUUUAUCCAGUGGGCAUGGAGCUUGGUGUAGAAUGUUCUUACCCUGUGGGUGAAGCAACCUCUGCUGGAUUAAUCUUCGUUUCUGGACAGCUCCAGGGAUCUUUAUUUAUAUAUUUCCUGCCAGCACUGGCCCAGCCAGUUACUAGUGACGGUUCUGCCUGUCAAGUUGGAGUAGGUGCAGCACUCGAUUGGACAGUUCCUACAUUGGUGUUGGCUGCUAUCUGUAGCUUGGAAGCUUGCUGCUUUGCACUCUUGUUCCAUACAGAGUACAGGCGAGUCAGUGCUGAAGACGAUGAGGAUUCCUCUGCUCUUCUUGAUGGAGCUGUGUCUGAAUGAUUGUACACUUGCAGGGACCAUGUCUGUUUCCAGGAAUCUGAAAGACCAUUUUAUUUUUAAAAAUAUUUGAAAUGUUUUAUAUUACAUAUCUAUCUGUCUUCCUGUUUUAAAAGUGGACACUGAAGCACACUUUUUAAUUCCCAAUCAGCCUGUGUUUGCCAGGUAUUUUUUAUCGUGUAUUUGUUUUCUAAUUUACUUUCUUUACAUAUUUUUGAAUAUGUAAAGUGUUAAAAAUGCAAAUGUAUUAUAAGUAGGAAAGUUAGAUUUUACAAAUUAUUUAAAAGUACAUUUUCAUGACUGUAAAGGAGAUGAAUAAUCAAGAGCUCAACUUCCAGUUUGAUCAAUGCCCCUAACUUGAUGAAAGUUGACCAUCCAGUAGUGUGUUCUAGAAUCUGAGAGAUAAAUACAUCUCGUACAAAGUGCCUGUUGUUUGCCUAGAUGCAUUAUGCUGUUCAAUAAGAGAUCACUUUUCAACUUCUGACAAAGCAAAUGAAGGAAAAAUGACUCUAGUUUAAAAGGGGAUUAGUGAGCAGAGGGAUCAAACAUGCUUGAACGAAGAUUAACUAGUGGGGAAUAAACAUGGGAAUAGGUGAUUAGUGAGCAAAUGCCAAGAGACACAAAAUCCCUACAGUGUGGAAGCAGGCCAUUUGGCCCAACAAGUUCACACUGACCCUCCGAAGAGUCUCCCACCUUAACCUAUUCCCUAUUACUCUACAUUUUCCCUGACUAAUGCACCUCGCCUACACAUCACUGAACAGGUAUGGGCAAUUUAGCAUGGCUAAUUCACCUUACCUGCACAUCUUUGGACUGUGGGAGGAAACCAGAGCCCCCGGAGGAAACCCACACAGAUAUGGGGAGAAUGUGCACGUUCCACACACUGUCAUCUGAGGCUGGAAUCGAACUCCGAUCCCUAACACUGUGAGGCAGCAGUACUAAUCGCUGAGCCACCAUGCUGCUAACUUGACAUCUCAAUGCUGUUCAGUCAGCCUGCCAGAGAGCUCUGCAACUGUAGGUUGUCUGCAAAAAUCCAUAAAUCUGCAGUGUAAUGGGAAUUGUGUUCUAGGCUCCUGCUCCAUUUGGUGUUAUUUAGGGACCUUUUUGUUUUCAAUAUCUGUUUGGCUGUAAAACAUGGGCAACUUCAAGGCUUUGUGAAAAGAAACUCCAUUUUCGUCUUCGUUGUAUGUGAUGCAUUAUGAACACAUCUUGGCAGAGCAAGAUCACAAACUGAGCAAUCCUCUUGAAGCACACAGAUCCAGGCAAUGAAAGCCAAAAGUAGCCUCAGUGGAUAAAGCUGGUCAGCAGGCUGGAAGACAGUUGCCAACCUAAGAACUUUCUAUACAGUGAAGCAACUGAAGCCAGGUGACCAAUAGGCUGCUAAAAGCUCCAUUUUAUAGAUAGUUUUAUGUGUGGCUUGAUGACCCUCAAACAUUGGCUUUUGGAGUCAGGAACUGAAAGCAGAGGAGCACCUCCUGUUGGUUGUCUUGCACCAUGACAACAACAACUGGUUACAGCAGCUUGGGAACCGGUGCUAUCCACAACAACAACUUGUAACAACACGUCCUGUGUGGUGCCUGUGGCAAAACUUGAUUCUCAUGCAUUGGGUUUUAGUCAUCAGCAAUGACAUACAAAAUGAAACCUUUAUAUCUAAACCCCAUUGGUUGCUGCACGAUCAUCAGCUGUAGAUGGAAGAGUAUCACAACAGCAUGUAAAGCACACUGAAAUUCUAUUGUGCUAACUUUGCCCCGAAGAAUGUUAAACAUUUUAGAGGAUGAGAAAAAGCAGACAUAUUAGGAGUUCCAUGAGUGAGAAAUGCAGCAGAGCCUUCCGAAUAUAGAGCAAGCCUUGGUUCAUUGAACAAGAAUAUCAUAUGCAAGACCCAUUGAAUGCUAUAACUGAAGAGUUAAAAGAUUAGGCCAUGUCACCAGAAAGGAGCCAGCACAAGCUUUGAACUUACUCUUUCAUUUUGAAGGCACUUACAAAGUAUCUUGUAUAUUUGUAAUUCAUUAAAUGUGUUAUUCGAGCUUUUGCUUCUACAUCAGAAUACCUUCCAGUGAAUGCAGCUAUCAGUUUGACUCAGCUAUUAACAUUUACUUAUCGGAGUCAAAAGCUUGUUGGAUGAAACUCCAAUUUCUGAUUUAAACACAAAAUCGUGGUUGAAAAUUAAGAGAAUGUUUGCGGAUUGUUGAGGUGAAGUAUUAAAUUUAGAUUCUUAGUUUUCCGAACGUUGCUUCCUGAAUUAGCACCCAAAACAUACAUUUACUUUGUUCCUGUUUGAGAGAUUUUGCACUUUACAGAUUAGCUGCUAAACAAUAAAGGAACAGGUACUUCACAGUUUAUUGUUAAUGUGUGAUAAAGUGCAAUAAAUUGCAAUGUGCGUGAAAGAUCUUUAUACGGCUGUGGAGAAGUUUGCAGCCUUUAAUUGUGCCUGUUUUCCAAUUAAAUGCUUUUGGAUGAUGAUCAAAGGGAUAGGUUGCAGUUUUCUUCAAGUUAUUAAUGAAAUUUAUUUGGCUCCCUCAUCCUGUAUUUGGUACAGGUCAGAAAUAGUAAAGGCUGAAACUUGCUAUUAAUUGGGCUGAUUGCGUUUGACUCUUGCUUCUGGGUCGUUGCCAUGAUCCUUUCAAUUUAUCUCAGGUUAAUUUCCCAUUUUCCCAUGUCUUGCCUUUGCUCUUAUUCAUUUGCUUUCUACUGGACUAUAGAUGAUUUUCCUAAAUGAGAUGUCAAUUACAGUGCUUGUGCAAAAUUCAAAUUAUUGUCAAAUUUUCUAUCUGGAAGCAUUUUGUUUUUAUACUUUUGAGCAGUGACAAUUAAUGAAGUUUAAAAUCUAUUGGACUGAGUCAGAAUUGCUGAUCCUGGACCCCUGUAUUGUCUUUAUUUUGAAGAAAAAAAAAUACUAUAAUUUGGGAGUGCAGUUUAGCAAGUAAUUAUUUUUAUUCUUCUGAAAGUGAGGUAUUGAAGUAUUCUUAUUUCUUGGUGAACCACUGUUUGUCUUUUGCAAAAAACAGAAGUAAUUAGAUUUGUUUUGUUUUUGUAACGUUUAUUCGGUGUUAGGAGCAAUCAUCUCAUUUGCAGAGCUGCUGUUUGUGGGAUACAAAAUGGCUUAUUUCCAAGUGCCUUCGAGUUUCACAAAAGAACUUCACUGAAUAUUGGUCAACUCAGUUGAACCAAUAAUACAUUUUAUUUAGUAUUUUGAGGCAGUUCUUCAGCCUCCAGUUUUGGAAGUUGAACAGUCUUCUCAAGCUGCUGGCAGUGACAGACUUGGCAUGAAGUUGUUUUCUUUGUAUAUUAUAGCUGAAUAUGACUUAAGGAAAUGACAAAGCACCCAAGGAGAUGAUUUGGCUCAUCAUGUCUGUUCCAAUACUUUCAAAAAUUAUCCGGUUAGAUCCACUACACAUUUCUUCUUAUCAAAAGCAUAUCAGAUCCCUUUCAAAGCCCUCUUGAAAUGCCAGUAUUUUGGAUAUAUGUUGUGUGAUGGUCUCUGAGCUUUCUCAUCAAUUAUUGUGAACCUAACUGUCCUGGAUUCUGAAGCAUUUUCAAAAUUUUAAAAUUUGUUAGUGAUUGUAGUGGUUCCUUUAGAUUUGGUAUCACAUUAAUUUCUUCAAUUAUUGCAGCUUCACUGUGUACAGAAAUGUAACAGGUCUGAGUAUCCCUUCAAAUACUUCUAUUCCCAAAGCAUAUAUAAUAUGAGAGAGGGAGAAUUGUUGUUUCCUUCAAAUCUCCAGUGAUAGUUUAGACUUGAAAUCUGAAGAAAUCUCGGUUGGGGUACCAAUCCCCCCUCAGGAUUAAUCAGACGUCGGUCUGCUUUCCAGGUUGGUUUCCUGAUUUUGCUUGCAUCUGAAAAGGUAAUGAUUUAUUUUCCUGGUCUCUCUCUGUGACUGACUUGUCACAAAUGAAUUUACUUGUUUUUAUUAUUUUUACCCAUUUUCUUCCUUCCCUAACCAAAGGUGUCAGUCAUUUGCUGAAGAUCCACAGGGGUUUGUCCUCCAACGUUUCUCCUGGGUAGCGAUUAAUUAGAUGUAACUUGAACAGGAGUCUGUGAUGAGAUACUGUACUUGAGCUUGAGCCUGGUAUUAUCCGAUUUCCAGCCUUGUAUAGUUGCAGCCAGAUGCACUGAAUAGCAGCCUGAAGGAGCACUGACCUGCUGACUCAGCUGAAAUCAGCUAACACAUCACAAAGCAGAGACCAAACUUUCCCAUCUCAUUAAAUGAGAUUGGGGUCAGUGUUUUUUUUAAUUUGUAUUUUAUUGAUUGUUUUAUUUAUUUAUUUAAAAAAGAUAGACCAUGUUCAAAAUGCUUAACAGAUAAUGGCUCAAGAUGAGUCUAUGCCAAAGUGGUUAUCUUCCAAUUUGGAUUAGUGGCUGAAUAAUGGUAGCAGCUGACAUUGAGGCAGUGGUAGGGAGAUUCACUGCCUUUAGUGAAAAUUCUGGCUGAAUUUGGUAAAAUUGCUUCCAAAUAUCACUUGACAACUGAUCCAAAUGCAAGGGAAACCAACCACAACAUUUUAACUGGCUAUAAAUUAAAGAGUAAAACAUUAACAAAUUUGCAUCUAUGUAAUUUUGUCUUGGAUUAAAGAUUGUUGAUCACUUGCUGAUAUUCCAUUAUC